CAUAGUUCACCACAUCUGCCUUGUGGUUCCUCUCUUCUCUAUAUAUAGAUGCAUCUUUGCCUGCAGGUUAUGGACACAAUACUUAGCCGAUUCUUAAUUAUUUUCAUCCAUCAAUCUCUUCAGUGUCUCUUCUUUUGCUCCCGAAUCAAUCAGCUGAGCUAGAGGUCGAUCGAUAUCGACAUGGCCGGCGCUGCACAGGGCAAGCAGAGUAGAGAGGCCCAUGGUAACAACGAUAUCAGCGUCACCAAGGACUACCUCGACCCUCCGGCGGUGAGGCUGUUCGACGCCGGCGAGCUGGGCCAGUGGUCCCUGUACCGCGCCAUCAUCGCCGAGUUCACCGCCAGCCUGCUCUUCGUCUACGUCUCCGUCGCCACCGUGAUCGGCCACAAGCGCCAGACGGACGCCGAAGCGUGCAGCGGCGCCGGCGUGCUGGGCAUCGCGUGGUCCUUCGGCAGCAUGAUCGCCGUCCUCGUCUACUGCACCGCCGGCAUCUCCGGAGGCCACGUCAACCCCGCCGUCACGUUCGGGCUGCUGCUGGCCAGGAAGCUGUCGAUCCCCCGCGCCUUACUCUACACGUCGGCGCAGUGCCUCGGCGCCAUCUGCGGCGCGGCGAUGGUCAGGGCCGUGCACGGCGCGCGGCACUACGAGCUCUACGGCGGCGGCGCCAACGCGGUCGCGCCGGGGUACUCCAAGGCGGGGGGGCUGCUGGCCGAGGCGGCCGGCACCUUCGUCCUCGUGUACACCGUCUUCUCGGCGACCGACCCGAAGCGCAUGGCGCGGGACACCCACGUGCCGGUGCUGGCCCCGCUGCUCAUCGGGUUCGCGGUCGUGGUGGCGCACCUGGCCACCAUCCCCGUCACCGGCACCGGGAUCAACCCGGCGAGGAGCCUGGGUGCCGCCGUGGUGUACAACAACAGCAAGGCGUGGAGCGAGCAGUGGAUCUUCUGGGUCGGGCCGUUCUCUGGCGCCGCCGUGGCCAUGGCGUACCACCAGUACAUCCUCAGGGGCGGUGCCGCCGCCAAGCCACACUUCAACUUCGACAAUGGAUUCCGACGCAUCGGCUGUUGAUGGAGCCACGCCAAGAGAUGAUGAUGGUAAUCAGUCUG